AGGAGUUUAGCUCCGUUCGAGGUAGAACAUGAGAUCGUCGCAACCGCCAUGCUGAUUAAUUAUUUCCGUCACUGCCUCCUGUUCGGUGUUUUCGUGCCCUGCUUCGGGGAUCUAAUGAAUCUAACGACAUACACGAACGAAUCGCUUGCGAGACGCGAACGAGAAGUUGGAACCAAGUAUCUGAUAUUCCCUCAAGGCAGCAACGUUCAACUCGUCUACUGUCUGACUGUCGGCACGUACGCGAAGCCCCAAGGAAUCUUCACCGUGGGCGUUACGGCCGGGCUGGCCUGGGAACUACCUCAUAGAAAUACCGUGCCGUACAGAAAACCGGCCGAGGUUUAUCAUCGUCGGAGCAGACGAGAGCUGUACCGCAAAGUAGAGCUAAUGCUAAAAACCCAGGCGAAGAACGGCAAGGCCUGUGUCCUCAAGGCGAUCUGCAAGGCUGCCAGGCGUGAGCGCGAGAACGUGGGAAAAGGAACUUUUGUCGAAGAAAUUCUACACGCCGUAUUCAGUUUGCCCGGAGGACGGUUCGACAUCGAUCCGAUGACCGAAUACGAGCGAACUUAUCACUUGGGUGAGAAUUGCGACGAGGUGCAAGCAAAGUGUCCAGAUGUCUUCUGAAGUGCUGCAAUCAGCGUGAUCAUCUUAUACGAGAAACGAGCAGCUAUCACGAACGUCUUCCUUCCUGUUCCAACCCCCUUUCGCCGGGGGUAACCAGAUUAGCGGAGUGUGGCUAGAACCGUAAACUCGGAAGAUAUUGUCGCGGACUUGAAUUAAACUUGAUGUCAGAGACGGGAGAACAUCAACUUAUUUAAAAUGUUUUUCGCGUGUUCAUUUCUCUUUGAUGUAAAAUUAAAAAACGACCUGUAAACUUAAAAAAAAGAUACGCACAAUGCAAUUUUUGCGCAUGUUGUUCUCUCUCAGAUAGAUUGCGUGAAGUGUUUUCAAAGUUUUGUAAUUUUUGUGUGUUUUUUUUUUUUUUUUAAAAAGUUACAAAAGCAAGUGAACGCAAGUACGUGAUGAGAUCGACAACAAUGUCGGCAACAACGACAUCAGCAAUUCGAAUUAUGCAGUCGACGUGGUUCUUGGAAUUUCCCUGUAACCACCAAAUUGCUCGGAUUACAACAGAACUUUCAGCAUCUCUCAGAGAAAGGAGAAGAGAGAGAGAGAGAGAGAGAGAGAGAGAGAAAGAGAAAACAAGUGCAAUUACUACUUACCUUGUGCGCUAAAGUUUUAAUUACUUCUUAAAUAAAUAUUUAGAAAUUAUGCGAAUUACAACAAACA